UCAAUUGGUAAAAAUCAAGAGAGGAAGGGAGAGUCUUCAAGCAUAAGCACCUCCACUGUUUGAGAAAAAAUUAAUCAAAAGAUAAUAUAUACUACUAUAGAGAAAGAGAAAAAAAAAAAAAAAAAAGAGCAAGAAGAAGAAGAAGAAGGCAGCCAUGGCGGAUGAAUUCCAGCUCGGGAGUGGCAACUGGUGGGAGACAUCAAGGAGCAGAUUCGACGGCGAGACUACAUCAGCUACUGUUCCGACAACGCUAAGCGCCAUGGCAGCAAGCUUCGGAUGGCCGAUAGAGGUCGGCGACAUGAAACCUCCCCGGCCGAAUUCCAUCGAUUCAGAUGGCUCUAUGUUGCUGCAAGGCGCCGAUCACGCCGGCGGCGGCGGCGGAGGCGGCGUUCUGGCCGACCACAACAACCUGCAGAUGAUGGGAUUGGGGCUUCCUUCUCAAGGCUUCGAUUGGAAUCCAACUCUUCUGGGUGAAAAGGGGGAGAGCAGUUUCCGGUCGAUGAUUCAGCAGGAAGAUCAUCUGAGCAGUUCGAACACGACCAAUUUCCAGCAGCACGAUUCGUCUUCUCAACAGCACUGGACGCAGAAGCUCUAUUCCGGCGGUACGGAUUCUCCCGAUGACUCCGCCGUCCACAAUUUCCGGCAACUGAACCGCGGAUUUUCUCUCGACCAGGCGGCGGCGAGUUCAAACGACGACAGCACGAUUACAUCCGGCCACAAUUUCACCACCGGUUUCCAGCUCGACUGCGCCUCCGCCGCCGCCUCCGCCUCUGCCGCCGCCGCCGCCUACGGCUUGUUACUGCCGGAAAAUCAGUCUCAGGCUCAGCACGCCGCCAUGAAUUUCCCAUACCCUUCGCCCAGCGCCACCGGAUUAAUCUCCUCGUGGAAUAAAUUCCCGCAGUCGUUCUUGAGAACAUCUCCGCCGCCGCCGCCGCCGCCGUCAGGCGGCGGGACCCACUUACAUUUUACUAAUAACACUCCUUUCUGGAACGCAUCUGCCCGGACCUCCACCAUGUCCGAUGCUCGAUCGAGCUUUUUCCCGGACAUACAAACGCAGAUUCCGACUCCUCCAACGUUCGAUGAAAAACCCAAGAGCUCAUCGGAUUUGAGCACGUCGACAACGAAGAAAAGCAGCACAGAAACGACAACAUCAAACAAAAGAGGUCGGAACGAAACGCCAUCCCCUUUACCGGCUGCUUUUAAGGUGAGAAAAGAGAAGAUGGGAGAUAGAAUAACAGCACUUCAACAAUUAGUCUCACCUUUUGGAAAGACUGAUACUGCUUCUGUACUUUCCGAGGCUAUUGAGUACAUAAAGUUCCUCCAUGAACAAGUCAGUGUCUUGAGCACUCCUUACAUGAAAAAUGGAGCUCCCAUGCAGCAGCAACAACACCAGCUGCAGAAUCCAGGUGAGAAGUCGAACAAGCAUGAUCCUGCUGAAGGAGUCCGGCAAGAUCUUCGAAGCCGAGGGCUAUGUUUGGUUCCGGUUUCGAGCACCUUCCCCAUGACACACGAAACAACUGUGGAUUUUUGGACACCAACAUUUGGAGCAAGUUUCAGAUGAUGAAAUAUAUAUGUUCGAAAUUAAGGCAUUUGUCCGAAUCAGAGCCGGGUACACUACUCUUAUCAAAACCCUAACAGAUCCAAUAACAGGAUAAGAUAAGAUAGAAAAUAUGUGUGUAUAUAUAUAUAUAUAUAUGCAUGUAUAAUGUACCCUUCUUCUCCAUGGGCAUUUGCAUCUUCUACUACUACUAAUCCCGGAAAUGAAAAGGUAAGAAACAGACAAGGGAAUUACUUUUAUUUUGGGGCCAGGCAAAAUGAUUUAGCAGCAGCAGCAGGCAAAGAAUCAAUAUUAAUGUGUGCAAAAUUAAGUAGAUAGAUGUCUGUCUUUUUUCUCUAAUAAUUGAGGCAUUAUGAUUAAAGGGUGGUUUGUGGACAGGAAUGAUGCUUGAGAUUAAUUAAUUAAUAAGUAGAGAUAUGAUCAGAUGAGAUGGGAUUAUUAAUUAGUUUAGAGAUAUGAUCAUCGUCGAUUAUUAGUACUGCUGGUAUUUGUUGUCUGUAGCUGAAUUCAGGAUAUAUAGAAAAAGAUCCAACCUUUGGUGGUCUGGUGGUGCAUUUUAUUUAUUUAUAUUUAAUUUAUAUAUGUUAUAUGUUCAGAGGAGCUUCUGUGUUCAUUACU